ACUGAGUAAAUGGUUCACUAUUCAUCUGUAUAGAACUCUUGAGUUUAGGCGUUUUGAUACCAAAGGAUCCCAGAGUUGAUCUGAAAGAUGAGGACCUUCGUCGCUCUACUGUUUGUUCUCUGCAGCUGUCUCUCUGAGCUGCAGGUUUUUCAAAGUAGCGACAUUGACAAGAAGCUAAUCUUUAUGGAAACCACAGGGAGGACCAGCGAGAGCCAGUUGGAGGAACAGAGAGUCCUACUCCAGGAGCUGAGAGCCAUUGUGGCUCAACAGAGCACCAAACUGAAUGAGAUGGGAGCCACCGUGGAGGAACUGAAGAGAGCGAACGGAGAGAGACCGAAGGUGGCCUUCUCAGCCUCGCUGUCUGAAUCCAAAGGACCAAAUAGUGAUGAUGUCAUCCUGGCCUACAAACAUGUCUUCAACAAUAUUGGUGAGGCUUACAGUCCGGUGACGGGUAUCUUCAGAGCACCGGUUAAUGGAGUCUACUACUUCACAUACACCGCCUUUACAACCUCCAGCAAGGGGAGAAGAGUGUCGCUGUAUAAAAAUGGACUCGUAAUGGUGACUGUGACCGACGAUGUUUCAGACUCGGAGGACGGUGGAACCAAUGGUGUCACACUGCAGUUGGAUGCAGGAGACGAGGUCUACACUCGACUGAUGGAAGGAUUUAACAUCUACGAUGACAAUAAUCACCACAGCACCUUUACUGGCUUUCUGCUCUUCACUUAGAAAACAGUUUAUUCUAUCGCUGAAUCCUACUGCUUUAUAAGGAUUUAAUGACAUAUAGUACUAUGAUUUAAUGACAUAUAGUACUAUGAUUUAUGACUAGGACAAAAAAAAAUGUUUAUGAUAUUUUUUGUGUGAACUAAGCAUUGAUAACAAGGUGAUAAACAAACAAUCGUGUGUCUUCAUCAUUUAACCCACCGCAUCUGAAUCAGAACCAACCAGUCCUGCGGGAUAUAUUAACAAGCUCAAGUUAUUUUUCAGUUAUUUUUGUACGUCCUGAUCGGGUGACGCAAUCUUUGUGCUGCUUUGUGGCAGAAUGAAAGUGUAGACCUGAUUCUCUUUUCAAUAACGGACUAGUGAAUGAUUUUUAUAAAUCAUUUGUUUGAUCAAUGAGACAGAAUGGGAAGUUGGAAACGGGCCUCCAUGUCUAAUAGAUAAAUAAAUGUUAUUUUCCAAUUAAGAAAG